AUGGAAAAUGCGAGGGAAGACUAUGAAGCCAAGUGCGCAUGCAACGGAAGCAGCAAAUUGCAAGGUUCCACCCCGCAUGCACGAUCACACAUACUCUACGUGCGACAAUCUGAUUCUAUGAUCAUGGACAAUCAUUCAAAGUACCUUUUCUUGCGCGAGUUAUACACUGGCCGACUCCAUUCAGCCUGGCACACCAGAGCCGCCAUGUUAUCAUGA